UCUAUAUUAUAUAUACUCUUAUAAAAGCCCCAAGCACCCCUACUGUAGCAAUUUUACUGUUCCUUAUGAACAAGAGAUUGACGGUUUUGUCCUCCCCUGCCCUUAGCACCCUUCUUUGAUUGACUUGAUUGACAGGGGUAGUUCGGUCAUUUCGCUUUGACAAUCCAGCUGUUCUGAAUAAGCUGACGCGUGGCAUUCAUCUUUCUGAUUAGCUAUGUCUUCUUUCUUUUUCCAUUGUUCCUUCCUGAAUUCUACUUUCUUUUUCCAUUUCGUUUAUGUGUUUCCUUCUUAAUUAUUUCCUUUUUAGUUGUUUCCUUGUUAAUUAUUUCCAUUUUGAACGAGUGUUGCAGCGGUUAGUUCGAUGGCGAGGUUUCAUGGAGCUGCUGUAAUUGCCAUGGCUAUUUUUGUCCUUUUGCUUAGGAGGGAAGCGUAACUCAUUCUCUCUCUUUCGUUCCUGCUGUUAAUUUCAUGGAGUGGUUUGAUGGAGCUUCUUUGGUCGCAGCUCUGGAUCUGGUUGUUGAGCAGUGUGAGGUCUGUGCAGUUGGAGCGGUGUUGUUAAAAUUGCUUGCUGCUAUUGUUGGAAAGGAAUUGGCGCAGCUUGCUCUUGCGGUUGGGUUUUCAGAUGCCAAAUUUUAUGAGAUUGUUGGCGGACUAAUUGGAAAUCUGGUGGUAAUUCAAUAAGUGGGUCCUUGUAUAUUACAUCAUAAAUACGGCAUUCUGAUAAAUUGGGGGGUAUUGCAAUUAGAACCUGAGAUCAGUGUCAAAUUCAGGAAUUACUGUACAGCAAUUAGAACCUGAGAUCAGUGUCAAAUUCACAGAAUUUUAAGCAGAACAAAUAUUGAACAGAGCCUCUCAUUUUACAGACCAAAAAACAUCUUCUGAACUGCAGCUUCGGAGAAUUUAAUAUGUUUUCUUUUUACAGUAAAUGACAUAAACAGGAAUCAUCAAUAUCCUGUGCGCAUUGUUGAGAUAGCUUGAUCUGCACCAAAGUAAUAUGGCUGAUGCACCUGUUAACUUUAAGAGACCAUCAAGUAGAGGGCGGAAAUCAAAGCGAAUAAGUGAUUUGAUAUCAAAUCAUAAUUCUUCUAGUCAAGCAGAACAGUCAAAGUCCAAAAAGGCAAAAUCAAGACCUUCAAAAUAUUCUGUACUUGAAAAAAGACCCGUGUCUCUUAGAGUUACACCAUCAAAUGCACAGAGUUUAAAGCAGCUAAGGGAUGCUGCUAAAAAAGCCCCUGCGGCCACUAUAGGAAGACCAUUACCUACGCAACCCUUAGAAUUAUCUCCGCCUACCUACUGUGCUGAGUGCGGGGCUAAAAAGUUUGCGUUUGAAACCCUGCAUUUCUGCUGUGGCAAUGGUGAUAUUAAAAUAGUUGCGAAUGAAUAUCCCCCUGAAUUAGUGAGACUUUUUACUUCAAGAGAUGAAGAUGCUGUGCAUUUUAGAAAGUAUGCUCGAUUAUACAAUAACCUAUUUGCCUUUAGUUCAAUUGGAGGUAAAACUGACAGAGAAACAUACAAAGAUCAAAGGGUGUAUAAUGCUCCCACUUCAGAUGAAGUUGCGGUUAUCUGGCCUGAUAGUGUUUCAUCAAGUCAGAGUUCAUGGCCACAUGUUCUUGUGACAGCAAAAUCUGCGAAAUCCCAUCGGAUUGCCCAUUUUUAUGGGUGCUAUGACCCUUUACAGUAUCCCCUGCUAUUUCCAAGAGGUGAAUGUGGUUGGCAUCAGGGUCUAAAAAAAACUUCUUAUGGUGGAGAUAGGCAAGUGGCAGCAGAACCUGAUCCUAUUCAAUCAUGUGCAGUGAACACUCCGGCAGAUUUUCUGGAUGCAGAAGCUGCUCGAGCUUCCGGAAGACAUACGAAAGCUGAUAAGAAUAUCUCUGCAAGGGAGUACUAUACUUAUAAGCUUCAAAUUAGACCAGGAAACAUGCUCUUAAGAGCAGGCCGUGCAUUUCUGCAAUACAUCACAGAUAUGUAUAUCAAGGUUGAAAAUACAAGGUUAGAUUUUUUCCGGCAAAAUCAAGAUACAAUAAGAGCAGAUCUUUAUAAGGGUAUUCUUGACACAGUAGAGAGUGGACAGACAAGUGCAGCUAAUGUUGGUCAUAAAUUCAUUUUACCACCAUCAUUUAUAGGAGGCCCUCGUGAUAUGAAAAGGAGAUAUCUGAAUGCAAUGGCUCUUGUGCAGAAAUACGGGAAGCCAGAUCUCUUCGUCACUAUGACAUGCAAUGCAAAUUGGCCAGAGAUAAAAGCCGAACUAGAGCCCGGUGAGACUGCCCAAGACCGACCUGAUUUAGUUGCUCGUAUAUUUCGGGCGAAGUUGAUUGCUCUGAAACAAAAAUUCAAGAAAGACAUGGUAUUUGGAAAAGUGGCAGCGAUGAUAUAUGUUGUAGAAUUUCAGAAAAGAGGAUUGCCGCAUGCUCAUUUCUUGUUGAUUCUAGAACAGCAGCAUAAGAUGAAAUCUCCUGCUGAUUAUGAUAGGUAUGUUUGUGCAGAGAUACCUCCUGUUACUCAGCCUGAACUGUGUAAGAUUGUAUUAAGGCAUAUGAUGCAUGGACCAUGUGGCCAAUUAAAUCCAGAGUGCCCUUGUAUGAGAAAGAAGGAUAAUGUCUUUUCUUGUAAAAAUGGAUAUCCAAAACAAUUCACCGCACAAACAACGACAAAUAAAGAUGGUUAUCCUUGUUAUAAGAGAAGUGAUACUGGAGAACAAGUGAAGGUCAGAAAUGCCGAGUUAGAUAAUCGAUGGGUUUUACCUUAUAACCCUUAUCUCGCAACACUCUUUGAUUGUCAUUUAAAUGUAGAGGUUUGUUCGACUAUAAAAGCAGUGAAAUAUUUAUAUAAAUAUGUUUACAAAGGACAUUAUCGAGUGGCCUUCAAUAUUUCGGCAGAAGAUAGAAAUUCUGGAGAUGAAAUUGCUCAGUUUCAGUCAGGAAGGUGGGUGUCACCGUGUGAAGCGGCUUGGAGAAUUUUCGGGUUUGAUUUAUUUGAGAUGCAUCCACCAGUCUUACCUCUGUCUGUUCAUAUUCCAGACAUGAAUACUGUCUGUGUACGCCCGUAUGAACGUCUUGAUAUAGGUAUUGCAAGUGGUGUUUAUGCAAAGACUCAAUUAACAGAGUUCUUUCGUAUGAAUGCAGCUAAUGAUAAUGGUCUUGGUUACUUAUAUGGAGAAUUUCCAGAACACUAUAAGUGGGAUGCUUCAGCAAAAACAUGGUCCAACCGACAAAAUAAAAACUCGAUGGUUGGCCGUUUAGCUUUUGUGGCUCCUUCUGAAGGUGAACGCUUUUACCUUCGACUAUUAUUACUGAAUGUCAGAAGUCCAAAAUCUUUUACAGACUUACGCACAGUUCAAGGUUAUGUAUGUGAAACUUUCAAGGAAGCAUGUCUUAAAGCUGGCAUUUUGGAAGAAGAUGAUGCUGCAAGCAGUUGUUUGGCUGAAGCAACUGAAAUUCAGCUCCCCGGGGCUCUGUGCCGAUUGUUUGCAACUGUUCUUAUAUUUUGCCAGCCGAGUGAUCCGGCAGAACUAUGGCGCAAAUAUUAUCCUGCAUUGUCAGAAGAUUUUGCACAAAAGUACUCUGGUGCAGAAAGCAAAAUUAAGAUACUAACUGUAAGAUCAGUGGAACAACAUUUAGAGGCUAUGGGGAAGUCAUUAUGUGGCUGUGGUCUAGCUGUUUUAGUGGAUAACAAUGAUACUGAAAUUGAUAGAACAAAAGACAUUCAAGAUGCACUAGAUGCUCCGAUUCCUCAGGCUUGUAUAGACAGCCGAAGCUUGCUAAAUCCAGCACAAAAGGAAAUAUUUACAUGUAUCAUGCAGCAUAUAGUGGAAGGAAAACCAGGGGCAUUUUUUGUAGAUGGUCCUGGUGGGACUGGCAAAACAUUCUUAUACACUGCACUUUAUGCUGAGAUCCGCCUUAUGAAUAAGAUUGUUUUGCUAACAGCUACAUCAGGAAUAGCCGCAGCAAAUAUCCCGUCUGGUAGAACGGCACACUCAAGAUUCAAGAUUCCAAUGGAUAGUGAUGCUUCAUUAGCCUGCAGCGUUUCUAAGCAAAGUAGUUUAGCAGCAUUAAUAAAAGAAACGGCUCUUAUAAUAUGGGAUGAAGCAUCAAUGGCAAACAAACAAAAUCUAGAGACUCUAGACCUUCUGUUACAAGACAUAUGCAAUAAUGAUGUAAUAUUUGGUGGAAAGGUCAUUGUCUUCGGUGGAGAUUUCCGACAAGUGUUGCCUGUUGUCCCUAAUAAGACUCAGAGAGAAGCUGUUGAAGCAAGUGUAGUGAGUUCUUAUAUAUGGAAGCAUUUAAGAAGAUUCAGGUUAACUGAGAACCUAAGAGCCAAGGAAGAUCCUUCAUUUUGUCAAUUUUUGCUUGCACUAGGAAACGGUGAAUUUAGAAAUUUCUUAAUAUUACUGGAACCAUUUGCAUGCACAGAUCAGAAAUACAAAACAACAAGACAGAAGCCAGAAUAUGUGUACUUGAAUCAAUUAAAUGCAGCAAGCAAGGCUUAUAUAGUAAGGGUGGUUGUUGCUGAAAAAGGAAGGGACAUACUAUCUUCCAAAAAAACGGUCAGAUUCCAGACUUUACUUCUAAAGGAUGAAAAGGGUAAUAGAAUGCGCGGUACUUUAUUUGGCGAUCAAAUUGAAGCCUUUGAUGAGGCAUUACAGUACCUCGGAGAGUAUGACAUUUCUGCUGCGCCAAUUAAAUUCAUUGACGAAAAAUGGAGGACUGAACUUGAUCAGUUUCCUUACCAAAUGACUUUUGGUAGUAGAACUGUAAUUCAGCCAGUACAUCCAGAGCUUGGACCAAUUCUGCCCAACUAUCGACCAAUAGCAAGUAUACCUCGUGCGGUAGAUCCUGAUGAGAAAAACGAUGUCGUAGGUGUAGUGUUAUUUGUAGAAGAGGAGCCGAGGAAAGUUGAAGCCAGAGAUGGAAAGAGAGAAAGCUGGGUGCGAGAAAUAGUCAUCACUGAUCAAAGCUGCGAUCGAUCGCUCACCAUCUCAAUGUGGAAUGACCUUACGGCAGGAAAGUACUUCGACAAAUUACCUACUUGGGCAGAAGCGUUCAAGGUUAUAGGAUUCACGGCUCUUAAACCAUACACUCGUCGUGGUUUUUCGAUGAAUUCUGCUGUCCACUCGAAUAAUAUAUGAACCUGAGGGAGAACAAGCUCGUGUGGUGUCUGAUUGGGCUAAUCUCUUCCACCAGAGGUUAGUAGAUAGACAAGCAAGAGUCUUAGAUGUAAGGUACCCAAGUGAAAACAAAAAAAUUGUUUCCAUUGCUGAACUAAAGCAGAAAAAGCCAAGUAACACCUUGCAAGAAGAAACUUUAUGGAUUGAAGUGACUAUUCAGGAUGCUGAAUUAGAAAAAGUGAAUGCAUAUACGGGCUGCUCAAACUGUUGCAAGCGCACCAACCUUCCAUUGCAGAAGCGCUAUUCUUGCUCUUCUUGUUUGAACAAAGAAUGCAUCUGCACUGAGAGAAUUACGUUCAAAUUUGAAGCUAGCGACACCACAGGAACUAUGGCAUUCACCACUUUCAACGAUGAUAUAGAAAGAUUAUUCAGGAAAACUGCAGCUGAAAUUUAUGCCAUUAAAGAAUCAAUAAAUUAAUUUACGAUAUUCUUACCUUCUAUUUACUUUCCAGCUUAUAUGUGCAGUUUAACCUUACAAAGAAUGCUAAAAAAACUUUGCAUUCAGAAAAUUUUCAGCCUAUAUGUGCAGUUUAACCUUACAAAGAAUACUAAAAAAACUUUGCAUUCAGAAAAUUAGAGUUAUAGGCAACAAUAUGCUUAAACUUAGGAUUAAUCAAGUUAAAUUUAACACUUGAAAUCUUCUCUACAUAAUUCAUUAUGUAAGACCAAUAAAGCAAUCUACUUACAUGAAAUCAGUGCUUAUACAGAUUACAUUUUUCAUUUAUAUGAGUAACGAUUCUACACGUGCUCUUUCAGUUAAUUCUAAUGCUUGCUGUUAUAACAAAAUCA